UCAACAGAGUCGAAUUCCUUGUGCUGCUUUACUAUUUCUCUUAGCUUCCUACCGAAUUCGACUCAGCUCAGACAGAAACCAUGGCCGCUCUCGCCAACGCUGCCGUGCUCCCCUCCACCUUCGUCGGCCAGAGCGCUGAGCUCGCCGCCAAGGUCAACAAUGUCGAGGCCCGCGUCACCAUGAGGAAGACCGCCCAGGCGGCUUCCAGCAGCGCGUGGUACGGCCCCGACCGCAACCUGUUCCUGGGCCCCUUCAGCUCCCCCCCGUCUUACCUCACCGGCGAGUACCCCGGCGACUACGGCUGGGACACCGCUGGUCUGUCCGCUGACCCCGAGACAUUCGCCAAGAACCGUGAGCUGGAGGUGAUCCACGCGCGGUGGGCCAUGCUCGGCGCGCUCGGCUGCCUCACCCCCGAGCUUCUCGCCGGCAACGGCGUGAACUUCGGCGAGGCCGUGUGGUUCAAGGCCGGCGCUCAGAUUUUCUCGGAGGGUGGCCUCGACUACCUCGGCAACCCCAGCCUGAUCCACGCCCAGUCCAUCCUCGCCAUCUGGGCGUGCCAGGUCAUCCUCAUGGGCGCCGUCGAGAGCUACCGCGUUGGUGGCCUGGAGGGCUUCCAAGAGGUGGAGGACCCCCUGUACCCCGGCGGUGCCUUCGACCCCCUGGGUCUUGCUGACGACCCCGAUGCUCUGGCUGAGCUGAAGGUGAAGGAGCUGAAGAACGGCCGCCUCGCCAUGGUGUCGAUGUUCGGCUUCUUCGUCCAGGCCAUCAUCACCGGCAAGGGUCCCCUGGAGAACCUGUCUGAGCAUCUGGCUGAGCCCACCGUGAACAACGCCUGGGUGUACGCCGAGAUCUUUACCCCAUGAAGCAGAUCUUAGCCACCUCGUAAAAGAUCCUGUAAUUAUUCAUUAUACAUAAUUUUGAUCCUGUUUUUCGUACAAAAAAUGCAGGCAUUGUCAAAGCAGGAAAACUUGCCUGCAUUUUCUGGCUCAGAAAUCCGCACUUCCAU